AUGGGUCUUCUCGGCCUUCCACCCGAGAUCCUUGAUCUGAUCAUUGACCACACUGCACCUGGUGGCCUGGAAAGCUUUGCCCUCUCGUGUCGGACCGUAUAUGGGCGGGCCGCCUCUCAAAUCCAGCGUCACAAUGCGCUGAAAAGAACCUGGAGCCACACGACUAACCUCAGCUCAACCCGCCUGGGCGACACACUGGAUAUCCUGCACCAGAUCUCGCGGGAGCCCAUCAUUGCUGAGUACAUUGAGAACCUGUCCCUCUGGGAUCGCCGUUCAGACGAUGAUGUAAUGCACGACAUUGAUGGAUACAACUUCCGCGACGACGCCAACGCAAUGGAAGAGAUCAGGGACUUGCUCCAAAGGGCCGAGCAUUACGCCAAUACAGAGGGAGACGAGUGGUGGCGCCAGAUUCUCGAAGAGGAUGGGGCCCAUGACGCCUCAAAUAUGGACAAGUUAUAUGCAACCAUCGCUUUGCUGAGUUUGCUGCCAAAUCUCAAAGUGCUCCAAUUGCCCGACAGGUGGCAUGAAAUCCGAGAAGGUGAGAGUGCCGAAGCUCUCGUUCCUAUUGUGCAGUCUCUGGUCUCCAUGUCCAACGCCCCGGGUCAUCGGCAAAAGCCUCUGGCCCAACUCGAGACCCUGUUGCCAUUCGUGGAGGAAGGAUACGAUAUCAGGGUUGGCCUGCAGUGUCUAGAGCCGUUGAUGACAUUGAAGAGUAUUAGAAAUCUCUACGCGGUCAGCUGUUCUGCUGUCGACGAGGGCUGGGAAGGUCUUUCUUUUCGCUGGCUGGACCCAAACAUCAAGUCGCCAUUGACCCGGGUCGAGUUUGCCAGUUGCUGCAUGGAUGCCACUGGUCUUGCAAGUUUCUUGAUAAAUGUACCAGCUUUGAGAGUCUUUAGAUACUCACAUCAAACCAAGUGGCAUGGCCUCCAACACGACUGGAACGCUGGCGAGAUACUAGAAACCCUCGCCAACUAUUGCAGCGAAACCCUUGUCGACAUCGCUCUAACUAUUGAUGAGCUGUUUGGUGAAAUCAUCAACGGUCUGUCUUCGUUUUUGCGUUUUACAAAGCUGGAGAGGCUGGAAGUCGACGUCGAGUGCUUCUGCGGACCGCCGCUGGAAAGUGGUCAGCGACUGGGUGCGGAUGCAAGGAUCCCCGAAGGUGCAGUUGCGUGGGGUCACGCCGACAUACCUUGUAUGGGCGACAUGCUCCCGGAAAGCGUGCGAGAACUGCAUGUCAAUACCAACUACCCCCAUCCAUCAAAACAAGCUCUCAGGUCCCUAUUCAAGAAUAUUGUGAGCCGGCGCAAGGACAAGUUGAUGAAUCUGCACACAGCCGUCAUCCGACAGUACAGAUCGUCGAGUGCGAAGGAAAUCGCAUCAAACCAUGAAGUCGUAAUUGAGAUUUUUGAUGAAGGCGUCGAGAACCCGCGGCCCAGGUCCAUGAUGCCGCUUUGGAAGAGGGAGUUCGACCAACGUGUCGGUGGUAUUGUCUCGUCCUAG